UGGUGUCCUAAACUAGAGCCAGACCUGGGAAGGAAGCUCUCCUGCAGUAAAUUGAGACUAACACUUGAGACACAUAAAAACAUUAAGUUCUCUGUUAAAUUCAACAGACCUUGUGACAAUGGCUGACAAACAUGGAGAAUGGGGUCCGACAAAAGACGCCACUGGGGACACUCAGGAGAUCUGUGAUGAGGUUCAUGUUGCAGGAGUGGACUACAUUCAUCUGUGGGUCUUACAAGAAGUUGUUUGUGAAAAUCGACAGGUUAAGCUGCGUGGUGUAAAGCAGAGUGAAACUAAAGAAAGCCCACUUGAACCUAUUGACUCCACCUACCAUGCAGGUGUCAUCAGGGGCGGAUACUCUGCAUUUGAUAAACAGUUGCAACGCUUGAGACAGUUUACUUCUCUGUUUACUUCAACAGACCUUGUGACAAUGGCUGCCACGCUUGGAGGAUUCAGUGAGACACAGAAUGCCACGGUGGACAUUCAGAAGAUUUGUGAUCAGGUGAAGUCCCAAGCAGAGGGAAAAACAAACAAGAAGUAUAAGGAAUUCAAAGCAGUUAAAUACAGGAGCCAGACUGUGGCUGGACAAAACUAUCUCAUUAAGGUUCAUGUAGGAGGAAGCGGUUACCUUGUUCUGAAAGUCUUCGAAAGCCUUCCAUGUAAUGGAGGAGCGGUCACACUGCAGGGUGUAAAGGACCAUCAAAAAGAUGCACCCAUUGUACCUUUCUAAUGUGAUCACACAGCCUGUUUCAACUGCUCACUGCCUCCAGGCUGCAGCCUCAUAACUAAAUUCAGUGGAAUUGCAUUCAAUCACAACUUUUAAAAUCCAUUCAACAGUUUUCUCACUCAUACUCAACCACUACCAAAUCUAUUGGUAUCUAUCUAUCUCUAUUUUGCAUGUUUUCAUACUAUUGUCAAACUGUCAAUUUUACUUACUAAAUAAAAAUGCAUAAACUUCUACUUGGGACACAGAGUCUAUUUUCAUUCCUUGAUGACCUCUAUGAAAGACUUAUGCCUGGUGAAGAAAAGGGACAGGUGAGGCAGAAUGCAGGGUAUUUUGUAAUUGGGGGGCACGAUGUGGCAUUUCCCCAUCUCUUCCAGUCACAGAGGGGUUUGCAGCCUAUCACAGGAUGGUGUCACUUUUCCUUACAUCUUACCCUCAUUCCUAAACCCCACAGAGGAAAUCUUUUACUCAUGGAGGUGGAAAGUUUAUGACCACCAGCCACAUGAUCAGAUGUCUUUCUUGGACUCAAUGAAACCUGGUUGACCAGCACUGUUGUACUACUAUAGCUGUAGCAAUCCUAUACAAGUAUGUGUCGUUUUAUGUUGCUUUACUGGAAUUCAUUUAAUUUCAUGUGCUCGAAAUGUUAAAAAAGCUUGUUGAAGUGCAAUGCAGUUUUUAUGAUUAAUCUCAGGGACCUUUACUGUAAGACAACACAACUGAUGCCAUGAAGAGGUGACCUUAUUUUGUUGUAAUGGAAUCUUUGUUUAUGAAAAAGAAAUAAAUAAAAUAUAUGUUUAAAGACAA